GCGCUCGGGCUUUCCGUAGUCGCAGCUCUCAUCAGCUGUCACUAGACGAACAUUUCAUUUUAAGAUGUAGAUAUUAUUUGUUGUUUUAAUAUAUAAAUGAAUGAUGUCGUCGAAAGGGACGUCGCGAGGUUUUUACUUUAACACAGUGCUGUCUCUCGCGCGCUCUCUGGCUGCUCAUCGACCCGCUCCGAUUGACAAGGUCCAGAAGCUACAAUGCAUGUGUCCCGUGGACAUCCGUGGUGUUUUCCAGCUGGAUGAGCGGAGGAGAGAUGCUGUGAUUGCACUCGGCAUCUUCCUGGUGGAGUCUGAGCUGCAGCACAGGGACACUAUUGUCCCAUACUUGUUGGUUUUGCUGAAGGGAUUGCCCAGAGUGCAAUGGAUCGAGGAGAGCUCAGAGAGGAAAGGACGAGACACACUCCCCAUUGCGGAGAACUUCUCCUUCAGUUUGGUGACGAUGCUCUCAGACGUGGCCCAGAUGGACGAGUCUAUGCGAAUCCAGAUUUUGGAGGCCGUGAUGAACCUCAUGCAGGUGCUGCAGGAAAUGUGUCAGAACAUCGAAGGCCAAGAUAAAGAAUACCUGUGUAAAUACACUGUGCCCUGUCUGCUCGGAGUGGUGCGAGCGUUUGGCCGCUACAGCAACACAGAGGAGCCACUGCUGUCUAAACUCUUCCCACGGGUCAGCCAUCAGACCCUGGGCACAGGAGAGGGGUCGGAGGUGACCCGACGACGAUCCUUUAACGAUUUCCGCUCCAUCCUACCCACCUCGUUCCUCGCCGUCUACCAGAGCGACUCUUUACGCCGUAAAACCAGCAGUGUUUCCAGCAUCUCACAACAGGCCAGUCCAGAGCGUGCCGGAGUUCCUCCAGGUUCCCCUUCUGACCCUUCUGCUCCUUAUUUCGAAGCUGGCUCAUACCUCCCUGACGGCAGCGCUGUGGACCCAGACUACUAUUUCUCCACCAUAAGCUCCAGUUUUUCAGUCUCGCCUCUCUUCACGGGCAGCAACAGUAAAGAGUUUGAUGUACCACUGGAUUUACUGAGGCAGCUUCUGCAAAUGGUUGAGCACUUUGUGUCCGAAUCUUUUAUGAAGACACUGGAUCAGAAUAUGGUUGAAGUUCUAGAGGUCAAUGCGGCUGCUAAUCUGAACUACAAGACGUUCAGUGAUCCGCUGUAUGUGGCCAUUUUUAAAAUGCUGAGGGACACUUUAUACUACAUGAAAGACCUGCAGGUGUCGUACGUGAAGGAGGUUCAUGACUUUGUUCUGGAGCAGUUCAGCAGCAGUCAGUCGGAGCUGCAGAGGAUCCUGCAUGACGUGGAGUAUCUGCACAGCGAGCUGAACCCGCUCAAACUGCGCUGCCAGGCCAACGCCGCCUGCGUGGACCUCAUGGUGUGGGCCGUCACGGAGGAACAGGGUGCGGAGAACCUUUGCACCAAACUGUCCGAGAAGCUGCAGUCUAAGACGUCUAGUAAAGUCAUCAUCGCUCACAUGCCUCUGCUCAUCUGCUGCUUACAGGGUCUCGGACGGUUGUGUGAGCGUUUCCCUGUGGUGGCUCACUCAGUCACCAUGUCUCUAAGAGAUUUCUUGGUUGUACCCUCACCUGUGCUGGUGAAGCUCUACAAAUAUCACAGUCAGUACACCACAGGAACAGGUGAGAUCAAGAUCCAUGUGACCAAUGAGCAUUCCCAGUCCACCUUCAGUUCUCACGCCAGUAGGAAGAGUCAGCCGUCCAUGUACGAGCAGCUCCGAGACAUCUCCAUCGACAAUAUAUGCAGGUGUUUAAAAGCGGGGUUGUCCAUGGACUCAGUCAUCGUUGAGGCUUUCCUUGCCAGUCUUUCCAAUCGUCUGUACAUCUCGCAGGAAAAUGACAAGGAAGCCCACCUCAUCCCAGAUCACACCAUCCGAGCGUUAGGACACAUCGCCGUGGCUCUGAGAGACACUCCCCGUGUGAUGGAGCCCAUCCUACAGAUCCUACAGCAGAAGUUCUGCCAGCCGCCGUCCCAGCUGGACGUGCUCAUCAUAGAUCAGCUGGGCUGUAUGGUCAUCACCGGAAACCAAUACAUUUAUCAGGAAGUUUGGAACUUGUUCCAGCAGAUAAGUGUGAAGGCCAGCUCGAUGGUUUACUCCACCAAAGACUACAAGGAUCAUGGAUACAGGCACUGUUCUCUGGCCGUGAUCAACGCUCUGGCCAACAUCGCAGCGAACCUGCAGACAGAGCAGAUGGUGGAUGAGCUGCUGGUGAACCUGCUGGAGCUGUUUGUGCAGCUGGGACUGGAGGGGAAACGAGCCAGCGAAAGAGCCAGUGAGAAGGGCCCGGCCCUCAAGGCAUCCAGCAGCGCUGGGAAUUUAGGAGUUCUCAUUCCUGUCAUUGCUGUGCUGACCAAACGUUUGCCGGCCAUAAAAGAGGCCAAACCGAGACUUCAAAAGCUGUUCAGAGACUUCUGGCUAUAUUCGGUUGUGAUGGGCUUCGCUGUUGAGGGCUCAGGUUUGUGGCCGGAGGAGUGGUAUGAGGGAGUGUGUGAGAUCGCAACCAAAUCCCCCCUGCUGACGUUCCCAAGCGGAGAACCGCUGCGCUCAGAACUGCAGUAUAACUCUGCCCUGAAGAACGAUACUGUCACUCCGGCCGAGUUGACUGAUCUGAGGGGGACCAUCAUUAAUCUCCUGGAUCCUCCUCCUGAGGUCGCUGCGCUCAUCAAUAAACUGGACUUCGCCAUGUCCACCUACCUCCUGUCCGUCUACCGGCUGGAAUACAUGAGGGUGUUACGCUCACUGGAAUCUGAUCGUUUCCAAGUGAUGUUUCGUUAUUUUGAAGACCGGGCUAUCCAAAAGGAUAAAUCAGGAAUGAUGCAGUGUGUCAUUGCAGUGGGUGACAAGGUCUUUGAUGUCUUUCUUCAGAUGAUGGCUGACAAGGAUAAGACCAAAGCCCAUGAGGAGGAGUUAGAAAGUCAUGCUCAAUUCCUUUUGGUCAACUUCAACCACAUUCACAAGAGAAUCCGAAGAGUGGCUGAUAAAUAUCUCUCAGGACUCGCUGAGACUUUUCCACACUUGUUGUGGAGCGGUCGUGUCCUGAGGACCAUGCUGGAUAUAUUACAGACCCUGUCUCUUUCACUCAGCGCUGACAUCCACAAAGACCAGCCGUAUUAUGACAUUCCGGACACCCCGUAUCGCAUCACAGUGCCGGAUACAUACGAGGCCAGAGAGAGCAUAGUUAAAGACUUUGCUGCCCGCUGUGGAGAAAUCCUUAAAGAGGCCAUGAAAUGGGCGCCAUCGGUCACCAAAUCUCACCUACAGGAAUACCUGAAUAAGCAUCAGAACUGGGUGUCGGGUCUGUCUCAGCACACGGGUCUGGCGAUGGCCACUGAGAGCAUCCUGCACUUUGCCGGAUACAAUCGGCAGAGCACCAGUCUGGGUACCACUCAGCUCACAGAGAGACCAACAUGCGUGAAGAAAGACUACUCUAACUUCAUGGCCUCCCUUAACCUUAGAAACCGCUAUGCUGGAGAGGUGGCAGGGAUGAUCCAUUUCUCAGAGGCCACGCGGAGCACGUCGGACCUGAAUAAGCUGAUGAUCCGUCAGAUGAAUGAAGCUCUGGACGGAGGCCAGCCAGAAGCCUUCACUGAAGCCAUGUUCAAAAUGGCCGCGCUGUUGAUCAGCUCCAAAGAAUGGGACCCUCAGCUACUGCAUCAGCUGUGCUGGUCUCCAUUAAAGAUGUUCACGGAGAAUGGCAUGGAGACGGCUAUAGCCUGCUGGGAAUGGCUCCUGGCUGGAAGGACCGGUGUUGAAGUCCCGUUCAUGCGGGAGAUGGCUGGUGCAUGGCAGAUGACCGUGGAGCUGAAGAUGGGGCUGUUCUCUGACGCCCAGGUGGAGGCGGACCCCCUGGCGGCCUCAGAGGAGAGCCAACCCAUCCCCUGCCCGCCCGACGUCACGCCACACUACAUCUGGAUUGAGUUUCUGGUGCAGCGUUUUGAGAUCGCCAAGUACAGCAGUGCGGAUCAGGUGGAGAUUUUCGCCAGUCUUUUGCAGAGGUCUAUCUCUCUCAAUGUUGGUGGCCCAAAAAGCAGCUUGAACCGCCAUGUGGCGGCCAUUGGACCUCGCUUCAGGCUGUUGACGCUCGGUCUCGCCCUGCUGCAUUCUGACGUAGUGACCAACUCCACCAUCCGUAACGUCCUGCGGGAAAAGAUUUACUCCACCGCCUUUGAUUAUUUCAGUGUCACAUCGAAGUUCCCCACGCAAGGAGACAAACGUCUGCGCGAGGACAUCAGCAUAAUGAUCCGCUUCUACGCCAGCAUCCUCUCGGAUAAGAAGUACCUAGCUGCUAGUCAGCUCGUGCCACCCGGUGAGCUUGGCUCCAAUCCCCCUCAAAGCUCCCUAUCUGCUGGGAUUUUCGGAUCGCUUAUCGUUUCCAGCACUUCUCCGCUAUCGAUAUUAAACAACCAGGAUCCGUCCCUGAACAGUUUGUCGGUGAUGAACGCCACGGACCCCAGGAAUAACAUGGACGUGGGUUCGCGGCAGCAGAGCGCUCAGGGCUGGAUUAACACAUACCCCCUGUCCAGCGGGAUGUCCACCACCUCGAAGAAAUCAGGGAUGUCCAAAAAGAGCAACAGAGGCACCCAGUUGCACAAGUACUACAUGAAACGCAGGACGUUACUGUUGGCCUUACUGGCCAGUGAGAUCGAGAGACUGACCACGUGGUACAACCCGCUAUCAACACAGGAGCUGGCCAUCGCCACCGAGCAGUCGGUAGAGACCAGCAUCUCUAACUGGAGGUCCAAAUACAUCAACCUGAGUGAGAAACAAUGGAAGGACAAUGUCAAUUUGGCCUGGAGUAUCGCUCCGUACCUGGCCAUGCAGCUUCCAGCCAGGUUCAAAAACGCAGACGCCAUCGUGGCUGAAGUGACCCGUCUGGUUCGACUGGAUCCUGGGGCUGUUAGCGAUGUGCCGGAGGCAGUGAAGUUCCUGGUGACGUGGCACACCAUUGAUGCUGAUUCUCCGGAACUGAGCCACAUUCUGUGCUGGGCUCCUGCGGAUCCUCCCACCGGCCUCUCGUACUUCUCCAGCAUGUACCCUCCUCAUCCGCUCACCGCUCAGUAUGGAGUCAAAGUCCUCCGCUCCUUCCCUCCUGACGCCAUUUUGUUUUACAUUCCUCAAAUCGUUCAAGCACUGCGCUAUGACAAGAUGGGUUACGUGCGCGAAUACAUCCUGUGGGCCGCGCAGAAGUCCCAGCUCCUCGCUCAUCAGUUCAUAUGGAACAUGAAGACCAACAUCUACCUGGACGAGGAAGGCCAUCAGAAAGACCCGGACAUCGGUGAGCUUCUGGAGCAGAUGGUGGAAGAGAUGACACACUCUCUGUCGGGCCCCGCUAAAGACUUCUACCAGCGCGAGUUUGACUUCUUCAACAAGAUCACCAACGUCUCUGCCAUUAUCAAGCCUGUUCCAAAAGGAGAUGAGAGGAAGAGAGCGUGUCUGAAGGCGCUGUCAGAAAUCAAAGUUCAGCCAGGGUGCUAUUUGCCGAGCAAUCCAGAAGCCAUCGUCCUCGAUAUCGACUACAAGUCAGGAACACCUAUGCAGAGUGCUGCCAAAGCCCCUUAUCUGGCUAAAUUCAAAGUGAAGAGGUGUGGAGUUAGCGAGCUUGAAAAAGAGGGUCUGCGCUGCCCGUCAGACUCUCCGGAUGAAGGUGAAGAGAGUUCAGAGAUGGCUCAAAAGGUCUGCUGGCAGGCGGCCAUCUUUAAAGUGGGCGAUGAUUGCAGACAGGACAUGCUCGCUCUUCAGAUCAUUGGCCUCUUCAAGAACAUCUUCCAGCUCGUGGGUUUGGACCUGUUUGUGUUCCCGUACAGAGUGGUGGCCACCGCCCCUGGAUGUGGCGUGAUCGAAUGCAUUCCCGACUGUAAGUCCCGUGAUCAGCUCGGCCGGCAGACCGACUUUGGCAUGUACGACUACUUCAGAAACCAGUACGGGGACGAGUCCACGCUGGCCUACCAGAAGGCUCGAUAUAACUUCAUCCGGAGUAUGGCUGCGUACAGUCUGCUGCUCUUCCUGUUACAAAUCAAAGACAGACACAACGGCAACAUCAUGCUGGACAGCAAAGGCCAUCUUAUCCACAUCGAUUUCGGCUUCAUGUUUGAGAGUUCUCCGGGUGGGAAUCUGGGCUGGGAGCCCGACAUCAAGCUGACCGACGAGAUGGUGAUGAUCAUGGGCGGCAAGAUGGAGGCCACACCCUUUAAAUGGUUCAUGGAGAUGUGUGUGCGCGGAUACCUGGCCGUAAGGCCGUAUAUGGAUGCUGUCGUGUCAUUGGUGACGUUGAUGCUGGACACGGGGUUGCCGUGCUUCAGAGGACAGACUAUCAAACUCCUGAAGCAAAGGUUCAACCCCAAUAUGAGCGAGAAGGAAGCCGCGGCCUUCAUGAUUAAAGUCAUCGAGCGCUGCUUCCUCAGUAGCAGGAGCAAAACCUACGACAUGCUGCAAUACUACCAGAACCAGAUCCCAUACUGAGACUGAGAUCCGACUUCUCUUCACCGGCCUCAGAUUCAGAUCAGUAGUUACUAUCAGUCUAUUACAAUGAGCACUUUAUAGAUCUGAAUAAUUCACCCACUCUGAUUGGCUCGGAUGGCAGCGUCCAGGUGCGUCCUCAGGGUGAUCCGCUGUACUCCGAAAGCUGCAUGUGUGUCCUCUAAUCUCCCUUUAAGGCAACUGCCAUGACGGUUUGUGACAUUCCAUGCGUAUGAAUACAUCCUUUAACUCUACUUGAAUCUUUACUGGGUUCAGUCGCGUCACCCAGGAAGCCAUUUCUAAGACUAUGGCACCAAUUGCACUGGAGAUCGUGUGCCGUCAGCAAAUGACCCGUGUUAUGCAAUACAUCAGUGUUUGUGCGUUGUGUUUUGUCCAUACAUUGUGUUCGGCACUGCACUUGCAAAAGAUGAUUUUGUCUGAAAUGUGUUUUCUUAUGUUUUCCCCAGAAAAUAUAUCUAAACAUUCUUCAAGCAAGACACAUUUACCUGAGAAGCCAAAUGACUCGAGGCGAGUAGUGAGUCUAUGCUUAAAACGAGAAA